AAAUAUAAAAAAAAUAAUAUUCAAUAUGAAAGAAGAAAAUAUUUUAUAUGGCCCAUCAUUAUCUGAUGUGAAAUUUAAAAAUGUAUCAUUAGGACAAUUGAUUUUAAAUCAAUUAAAUAUUCGUGAUUCUUGGAUAGCACAAAUAGAUGCUUAUACAGGAAAAACACAAACAUUUAAAGAAAUCUUAGAAAUUAGUCGAAAAUUAGCAAUUGCUCUUAGUAAAGAAGGAUUAAGAAAAGAUGAUCGAAUAGCUAUAUGUAGUGAAAACAAUCUAGAAUUUUGUUUAAUAGUAUGUGCUGCAUUUUAUUUAGGUGUUACUGUUUGCCCAUUGAAUCCACUUUAUACAGAAAGAGAAUUAAAACAUGCAUUAAAUAUAUCUAAACCAAAAUACAUUUUUAUAUCAAUAUUUGGAGCAAAAAAUAUAUAUAAAAUUAUACCUCAAUUAUUCUGGUUGCCAAAACUUAUAAUAUUAACAGAAUCUACAAAUAAUAAAUUACCAAGUAUUAAUAGUCUAACAUCAAACAUAAUCAUUGAUAAUAACUUUCAUGCCUGUUCAGUAAAUGUUAAUGAUCAUGUGGCAGUUAUUUCAUGUUCCAGUGGCACUACAGGAUUGCCAAAAGGAGUGAUGUUAACGGAUAAAAAUUUUUUGUCUGUAAUAAAAAAUCUUGCAGCUGUAUCACCUAAUAUUUUAAAUACCAAUACAACAAGUUUAGCCUUAUUACCUUUUUUCCAUGUAUAUUCCUUUUCUGUAAUGUUAGUAGGACUUAUUUUUGGAAAUAAAAGUAUUAUUCUCCCACGUUUUGAAGAAAAAAUGUUCUUACAUGCCAUAGAAAAAUAUAAAAUUGAGCAUAUAACCGUUGUACCACCACUCAUGGUAUUUUUAGCAAAACAUCCAAUUGUAGAUAAAUACAAUUUAUCUAGCAUUAAAGAGAUUUGGUGUGGUGCAGCACCUCUAUCUGAGGAAAUUGCAAAAAUGGUUGCAAAAAGAUUAAAUGUACCAACAAUAAAGCAAGGAUAUGGAUUAACAGAAACUACAUUGGCUGUUAUGAACUCACCUGAUAAUAAUACAGAAUAUAAAAGUGUAGGAACAUUAGUUCCAGGAAUAGCAGCAAAAGUAAUACCAAUCAAUGGAGAUAAAUCAAAUAAACCUCUAGGACCACAUAAUAUCGGUGAAUUAUGCUUCAAAGGAGAUUUAAUAAUGAAAGGAUAUUGUGAUAAUGAACAGGCUACAGCAAUAACAAUUGAUAAAGAUGGCUGGUUACAUUCAGGAGAUAUAGGAUAUUAUGAUGAACAGGGUUAUUUCUAUAUAGUAGAUCGUUUGAAAGAACUCAUUAAAUACAAGGGAUUUCAAGUUCCACCUGCUGAAUUAGAAGCAAUAUUAUUAACAUGUCCUGAAAUUAAAGAUGCAGCAGUUAUUGGAUUACCACAUGAAGAAGCAGGAGAACUACCGACUGCUUUUAUUGUUAAACAAAAAGGAUCUAAUAUAACGGCGGAAGAUAUUAUUAAAUUCGUAAAUGAACGAGUAUCGAGUCAUAAACGACUUCGAGGUGGCAUAAAAUUCAUUGAAAAUGUUCCAAGAACUGCGUCAGGAAAAAUUUUGCGUCGAGUAUUACGUGAUACGCUCAAAUCAAAAUUAUAAAAUAUCAGCAAAAAAACAUGAAGUAUUAUCAAUUUAAACAUAUUCUUUGUUUAUAUUUAUAUUCGUUUUAAAGAGGCUCAAAAGAUGUUAUAAGUAUAAAUAAUUACUAAAAUAAUUCAAAAAUUUCUAUCAAAACAUAUUUCUUAUAAACAAUGAUCGAGUUUUUACUAAUAUUUUAUAAUUUUUUUAAUUUAUUUCAUAAAAAGUUUGAAAUAUAAAAAAAAAAUUACAUGUUUUCUAUUCUAGUCAUAUUAAUAGAAUAUUUUGAUAUCUGAUCUCCUAUUUAAAUAUAUAUUAAAUAUUUUCUGUAAAAUUAUAUACAUUAUUGUUCUAAUUUUUGCUUUAGUUCGUAUGGUAUAUUAUUCAAAUACCAUUGAUGAUUCUGACCAGGUGCAGUAGCUAAUACACCUCUUUCAUUAGAAUAUAUUGUUUCUGCAUUAUAAGAAUAGAACUCUCCAUAAAUAUCAGUUAAUGUACCACCAAUAGCAUGAAGAAUAGCUUCAGGGGCACAAGUAUCCCAUCUUUUACAACCAUUACUAGCAAAUACAUAAGCAUGAGCUUUUCCUUCCAUUAAAAGUAUUACCUAUUGAAAAAAAAUAAAAAUACUAAAAUUAUUUAGAAAAUAAUAA